AUGUCACGCGGUGUUGAUCCUACAACAACAGACACUUCCCCUGCUGAACCACCACCGAUGAAGCGGAACAUGUUCUUUGCCCUGGCCAACCGGUCUUCUACACCAAGACCAACUCCAUCAGAAACUGAGGUCUCACUCUACCUCAACCAGCCAUGUCUACAGGAAGAUGGUGAUCCCCUUGGCUACUCGAAGGCCAAGCAGCCCGAGUUUCCUGUCCUCACCAGGCUUGCAGCAAAGUACCUGGCCAUUCCUGCUACAUCGGCUCCUGUGGAACGACUGUUCUCCAUUGCUGGCAAGCUCUUCAGGCCAGAGAGGUGCAAUUUUAGCGAUAAAAGAUUUGAGCAACUUAUGAUGAUCAGAUGCAAUCCUCAGUAA